AUGGUGCGCGUGCGCCGGCUCGAGACUACGCCUGCCAAUGCUACUAUCUCGACGUGCUCGAUCCAGCCUAAAUCCUCCUCACCGUCAGAGCUACAGAAAAAUGGCUCGAUAAAAUACCAGUCUCAGCAUCACACAUCUACCCUUAAGGGCGACCCGUCUGUGUCAUAUGAUUAG